GGAGUCCAAGUCUAGUUGGGCUUGCACUUUCGGUGGGCCUAGGGCAACACAGAGACUGCAGGAAGCGGCGUGUGAGGGUUGGUGGCUGUACGGUUCUCAGUCAUUGUAAAAUGGAGUGAUAGUGCACAAUACAAGUUGUUCCCCGGCCUUGCAGUCCGUUUCUUUGUGGGAUGUGCCUUGGUUAAUCGAGGACGGUGCGACUUGCUGGCAGCUCUCGAUCGAAAUGGACAGUUUGUCAGCAUUGUCAUACUAACGCCAUCGUCACCAAAGCCAGCGAUCGGGCUGAUAGCACAGAUGGUAUAUAAUCAUAUCUGUCGUUCUCAUUAUUCCAGUCUCCUGCCCAUUGAGUUCUAAAUGUCUGAGCCAACAUUCGAGAAACCACUGCAGCCCCCGUUUUCGGCCGAGAAACUCGCCACAGUCAAUGCCCACCUCCGCUCUCUAGACCCCCAACAGAUUCUUGCAUGGGCUCUCGAAUAUCUUCCGGGACUGCACCAGACCACCGCGUUCGGUCUCACUGGCCUUGUUGCAAUCGAUAUGCUCUCCAAGCUCGCACAACCCGAGUCGAGACCACCGCUUAUAUUUAUCGACACUUUGUAUCACUUUCCAGAGACGUACGAGUUGAUUGUUGAAGUGGAAGAGCGGUAUGGGGUGAAAGUGCAUACAGUGGAAGAUUUUGAGGAGAAGUGGGGAGAGAAGCUAUGGGAACAAAAUGAGGAUACCUAUGACUACGUCGUCAAGGUUGAAUCGGGACGACGUGCAUAUGAGCAACUCAAGGUCCAAUCUGUCAUAACAGGUCGAAGAGCAUCCCAGGGGGCACAGCGUGCUUCGCUGCAGCCCCUGGAGGUGGACAGUACGGGAUUGCUGAAGCUGAAUCCACUGUUUGCAUGGUCAUUCGCACAAGUAGAACAAUACAUCAAAGAGAACAACGUGCCAAGGAACAAAUUAAUAGAUCAGGGAUACAGAAGCGUCGGAGACUGGCAUAGUACAUCGAAGAGUGGUGAGGGUGAUGCCGGCGAGCGGGCGGGCCGAUGGGCAGGAAAGCAAGGUAAGACAGAAUGCGGGUUACAUAGAGACUACUUCGAAAUGAAAAGAAAAGCGGGGGAUCAUGGAAAGUCGUCAUCGUUCCUCACAGCAGCUCGAGGCCACGAAGCUAGAUGGGGAUUCGACUUGCAUGUAGAUCCAAAUUCCCAGACGGAAUCUGCAUAA